ACCCGUAAAGAAGUUGCCGAACACAACUCUAUGGAUGAUUUGUGGGUUAUUAUUGAUAACAAAGUCUAUGAUCUGACUAAAUUUGCACCAUCUCAUCCUGGUGGCGAUGUUAUUGUUCGUAAUUCUGGUGGUGAUGCUACUGGUGGUUUCUAUGGAAUUCAACAUCCAGAAAGAGCCUUUGUUGAAAUUGAAGAUUACAUUGUUGGUACCCUUCGUGAAGAAGAGCACAGCAAGUUCUUCACUCCAACAGAAAUUGCUAAACAUGACAAGGCUGAUGAUUGUUGGAUCAUAGUUUUCAAUCGUGUUUAUAAUGUUACUUCAUUCUUGAAGAAUCACCCUGGUGGAAAGGACUCUAUUUUGAAAUAUGCUGGUGGUAAACUAGAUGCCACUGAUGCUUUCUUGAAGAAU